AUGUUUUUGUAUCUAGAAAUGGCUUUCUGCAACAAGCUUAGUGGGAUUUUGAGGCAAGGGGUUACUCAGAGCUCAAAUGUUCCAGUGACAUCUAUGCUUGGCUCUCUCCGUUACAUGUCCACCAAGCUUUUUGUUGGUGGUCUCUCAUGGAACACUGAUGACCAGUCCUUGAAGCAAGCUUUCUCUAACUUUGCAAUAGUGAUUUCAGACAGAGAGACAGGGAGGUCGAGGGGUUUUGGAUUUGUCAGCUACGACAGUGAGGGUUCUGCAAACAACGCCAUAUCAGAAAUGGAUGGGAAGGAGCUAGAUGGUAGAAACAUCCGUGUGAACCUUGCAAACGAGAGACCAAGUGCCCCGAGAUCAUCAUAUGGUGGUGGUGGUGGUGGUGGUGGUGGUGGUGAAAAGUUUGUAAGGUGCAACAAAACGGUAGAAAGUGUAUCUUCUGUCAUCGAGAAGUAG